GGCCCCGCGCGCUCCGCCGCGCGUCACGUGAGCGCCGCGCGUGACGCGCUCGGGGGAGGGGGGGAAGGCGGAGAGAAGAUGGCGGUGUGCAUCGCCGUGAUCGCCAAGGAGAACUAUCCCCUCUACAUCCGGAGCGUUCCAACUGAAAACGAGCUGAAGUUUCACUACACUGUGCACACUUCCCUCGACGUUGUGGAUGAAAAGAUCUCUGCAAUGGGCAAGGCUCUCGUAGAUCAGAGGGAACUGUACCUAGGGCUCCUCUACCCCACUGAAGACUACAAGGUAUAUGGCUACGUGACAAAUUCAAAGGUGAAGUUUGUUAUGGUGGUGGAUUCUUCAAACACAGCACUUCGAGACAAUGAGAUCCGCAGUAUGUUCCGAAAGCUGCAUAAUUCAUACACGGACAUAAUGUGUAACCCUUUUUAUAACCCUGGGGACCGUAUCCAUUCCAGGGCUUUUGAUAAUAUGGUGAACUCCAUGAUGAUGCAGGUGUGCUGAGGCUCUGCCCCUUCUCAUCCGAGUGCUGAGAACAUUCCCCAUGUACAGGAGCAUCCCUACAAAGUGAUGUAUAUAUUGUCUUCAUUCUGUGUAAUUUUAAAUUUAUUCUAUGUAAAAAUAAACUCGACACCUGCAA